AUGGCGGCAAGCAAGCAGACACUGAUCAGUCUUCUCGGCUCUUUCGACAAUUUUGAUGAGCCCGUACCAUCUUGGAACCGGCCUUCGACGAUCAUUCCAACACUGACUUCCUUCUUGGUGCGAGCUUCUCUGGCCGAGCGCAAUGAACAGGAUCUUACAGUUUUUCCCAGGCUCUUACCUAUCUGGGACUGGUGGCUCACAACACAACAUGGCUUUGGUCAGCACUUCCUACUGCUCCAGUAUACUGAGAUGCAAACAUACCUCAAGGUAGGUGUCGUCGUGCCCCCUCCAUUUCUCUCCUCUUUACCCAGGGAUGCUGAUGAGACGGCAGUUAUUCUAUGUUGCAAAUGCCACCUACGCAAUGUCAACUGCAUUAGUGAAGUUGGCCCUGCUAUUCCAGUAUCUUCGGAUCUUCACGAAGGGGUUUCUUCGCCACGUGCAACGUGUUACGGGUACGGCUCGCUGAUCCCCUCCAUCUUUUACGGUACCUAUUCUAGCGCUGCUGCGAUCAACAUGGUCCUCGACAUCACUAUCCUCAUAAUUCCAAUGCCCCUGUACUUUAGGGAAAAUACGGGGAACAGAACGAAGCUCUCGCUGAUAGGCCUUCUGUUUCUAGGAGGACUGGUUAAUUUCUUGUCUAUCUGGCGAAUGGCAACCAUUGUUGAGCAUACGGCCGCAACAAAGCCCACGUUCGACCCCACGUGGUACGGCCCGAUAAGCAUUCUUCUUGCAUCUUUGGAGGUAGAUGUUGCAACGAUUUGUGCAUCCGUUCCAGUGUUCUGGCCUGUCUUGACGUCAAAGCUCGGUCACAUUUUUGUGACGCAAGAGAUCAAGAUAGAAAGGGCCCAUCGCUUCUCCACCAUCGAAGACGAAUACGAACUGGAACGCGGCACCAGGGGAGGGAGGCGUUUUCGAGAGCGCCGCCGCCGAGCGAGCGGAUCGGGUCCGCACACCCAGGGCUCCAAGAUUAUUAUUCAAUCGAAUACGAUACAUUACAAGGACAAGUAUGUCGUGGCCCAAGUCGAUCCGCUGAGCGACAUGGGAAGGGUGGAGUCGGAAAUCACAGCGCAGCCGCUUUCGCGGAAACAGUCAAGAACUGGAGUGGGAAAGUCGUGGUUCAUAGACUCCUGA